AAAGCUAUAUCACACGCGUGAGUUUCGGACAGCACGAGAAACGGAGUGAGUAGUCGUGGGAUUUAAACCGGUAUAAGGACCGCUGAUUCAUUUAACACGGCAAAUGGGCAAAAUCAGUCAGUGCAAACACACCAACUGACUUUGUGGACAUUUUGGACCUUCUUUGUGGAAAAAUAGAAAGUAUAUAUAAAUUUUACACUAUACAUGCCAAAGCUAGGAAACUUUGUGGAGGAUUCGGAAACGUUGUCGCGAAACUUUGAGGUUUUCGCCACAAUAAUUGGCUAUCGAAUGGACCCGCACCCGACCGCCCGGAGCUGCAGCAGUCGCGGAGCCGCGCCGUCCUGUGAGAGCGUCACCGGCGAGCCUCCCAUGAAUUUGUACAUCCAGUCCACCACCGGCACGCGCUUCGAGCUCUCUCUUCCCGUAGAAGAGACCGUGGAGGGGCUAAAGCGACGACUUUCUCAAAGACUCAAAGUACCCAAAGAAAGACUCGCUCUGCUGCACAAAGAAACACGCCUGAGUUCAGGAAAACUUCAAGAUUUUGGUAUAACGGAUGGGAGCAAACUAACACUGGUUCCAACAGUCGAAGCCGGCCUAAUGUCUCAAGCGUCAAGACCCGAGCAGUCCGUAAUGCAGGCGUUGGAGAGCCUGACCGAAACGCAGGUCAGUGACUUCCUGUCUGGCCGGUCUCCUUUAACCCUGGCUCUGCGAGUAGGCGAUCAUAUGAUGUUUGUCCAACUGCAGUUGGCAGCACAGCACUCGGGUGGCCCGCAGUUACAGCAUCGGCAUCUCGUAUCGCGCGGAAAUUCGGACAGCACAACUGGACACUCGCAUGGAGCCUCUGGCUCUGCCUCUGGGACUGCAAGGGUUUCACAUAACCCCCACCAUCAUCCACAUCCACACCCGCAUCACCCCAACACAACACUCCCAUCCAACCCAGUGGCCUUCCCAGUUCCACCAUCCCCCUCUAUCCCGACAGUUCCUCCCAUGUAUCCCACCUCUGCUUCAGGGCACUGCAGCCCUCCGCCUCACCCCUCACCGCUCCCCAGCAGCUUUCUUCACUCCCAGCAGCCGUCUUCAGCCUGUCCCACCUCUCCGAGCAGUCCCAGCCCAACAGCUUCUUGUCCAGAGGCUAACUGCUCUGCAAAGACGUCUGGCAACUGUAACACUCCCUCCUCGCGAUCCCGCAAACCAGGUGCUAUUAUUGAAAGUUUCGUCAACCAUGCACCUGGAGUGUUUUCUGGCACAUUUUCAGGCACUUUGCAUCCCAACUGCCAGGACAGCACCGGACGUCCCCGGCGGGACAUCGGCACCAUCCUACAAAUCUUAAAUGACCUCCUGAAUGCCACCAGGCACUACCAGGGCAUGCCCCCAUCGCUCACGCAGCUCCGUUACCAGGCUCAGUGCAGCACCCCGAGCUCCCCAGCACCCUCGCCACCUCCUUCACCCCCUCACACCCCUGUUCUAUCUGGCCUGCCCACCACGAUGCCAACCCCUGAACCCCAGCCGAUCCUCCACCCGUUGGUACAGUGCCAGAGCCCGUUUCGCAUGUGCAAGCCUUCCGGUGAUCGACUGCGUCAGACGGAGAACCGGGCCACACGCUGCAAGGUGGAACGGCUGCAGCUUCUCAUGCAGCAGAAGCGUCUGCGCAGGAAGGCUCGCCGAGACUCCCGCGCCCCAUACCACUGGCUACCCAACCGCAAGGCCGGGCGGAGCAACAGCAACAGCAGUAUGUCCAGCGAGGGCUCCCUGGACCUUGACUUUGAGGACUCUGUGUGGAAGCCCGACGUCAAGGCUGACAUGAAAUCCGAAUUCAUCAUGGCCUGAAGCAGUGACCAUCCACAUCGAAGCCCUAGACUGGCAAUUAGGAUCUGGUUUUCAGAAUUUUCAAAGACCGUACCAGGAGAAGCACCUAGGAAGUUUAAUGGGCUUCUUUCCUCAUGUAUCCUGUGACCACAUAGACACAAAGGAAGUUUCAAAUGGCUUCCUUGAUAGACUACGAUCUUGGAACGGACUGAUUUUCGAAUUGUGACGUUCGGAUACGGAUUGGACUGACGAAUAGACAGCAUUUGGACUCAGGUCCAAGAAGUAAACAAAUGAGCAUAGCAGACAUCAUUGGUGUUGGGAUUUAUUUUUCUCUUCUUUCCUUUUUUGUUUUUCUUUUUAUCCCAGGAGGAACAUAGACGGAGAUGCAUGUAGGCCAACUACAGGCAUGAUGUACGGACAAAAAAAAACAGAUACUGCUCCUCCUCUUGUUCAAAAUGGGCAUUCAUAGUUCAAGGAUCGUUUGAAGGGGGUUAUCUUCGUUGUUUUUCUUACGUCCUGUUUUUCUUGAAUCACGAUGAUUUCUGAAACAAUGUAGCAUUACCCACAAAGCAUUCAGGUUUUUAUCUUUAUCAUUUGCACACACCUGUGAUUUGAAAUAGACAAUAUCAGAACAUAAGCGCAUAAGGACAUGGCACAGUGCAUGUUUAGUAUAUAAAUAUUAAAAAUGAUUAAGACGCUUUCUCAACGACAGCUCAGUGUAAAGUCAGAGGUUCAAGGUAGGAAACUAAAACAUGGAACGAGACAUGAAUGAAUAGAAGAUUCAAGGCUUGUAAAGUCAGUUUUAUAUAUAAAGAGCUACUUUUUGUUUUUUACCUCCAGAUAAAGAAACAAACAAGCAUAAAGCAACAGUCACGCAGUGAGGCUCGUGUCAAGCUGUGAAAUGAAUCUGAUGAAAGAAAAGCUUACAUAAUCAUUCAAAUACACACUGUAUCUCUCCCGUUACCCUAAAUGUGUAUAAUAAUAGGAAAGUGGUGGGGUGCCGGAGGAAAAGUUUACAAAUGUGCAUUAUAAUGGCUCAUUCUGCCAAAGUGGAAUCUUUCAUUUAUGCAUAUGACUAAAACAAUGCAAAUACCAGCAUUUACUUGCAGUUACCAACCAAGACUAAUUGAACAAACGUUCUCCAAAAUAUAUAUUUAAAAUGUAAAGUUUUUUUUUACUUCUUGUGCAUUGCUUAAACAAAAAAUUAGAUCGAACAGGCCUACGAUCACAACGUGUCCCCAGCCCGCCCCCCUUUCAUUCUUAAUAGUGCCUCGUACGUAGACGCACUGACAUAUUCAAUCAGGUGUUCCACAGAAAGACGGUUCUGCUGCUACAUGGGACUUCUCUUUGCAUGCAAAAGUGUGAAUUAUUGAUCCUUUUUUGUAAAAAAUAAUAAUAAUAAUGAGAAACUGGUGCUGAAAAGAUAUACAAGCAUGAAAUUGUGAUAAAUGAAAAAAAUAGACAUUUCCUCAGCUUCUGGGAUCUCUAAUUAGAAACAUGAAGUUACAUAUCAGUUGCAAACCAAAACAGGACUGGAAUUCUGUACGUGGAUCAUUCCGCUAAGGAACAACGAAACACUUUCUACUCCCAAUGUACAAGGAUACACAGAGCAAACACCCAAUCCCCACCCCGCUACCAUUGACGCGUCCAAACUUGGACUGACGUGGACGUUGGCAACCAACUUUUGCCCCCAUUGACUAUUUGGACAUAAACGUGAAAAUGUUCGAGAUUGCACUCGCUGAGUUUGCAAUGAGAUUACCUACCUGAAGGGGAACAUUUGUUUUUCCUUUUAUUAUGUUCAAGUGGCCUUAACGUUCAUUAUCGAAACGCUCGCAGUGGUGGACAACAAAGGGAUGUUUAUGUUGUUUUUGUCCUGUGUAUUUGUUAAUUGGGGGGGCAAUUUUUUGUGUUUAGGAGGUGGAGCUCUAUUAUGUCAAGGCUUCAGUGCCUUAAAUAUUUGCCCUUUCAAUGUGUAUAAAAAAACUGAACAAAUUAUUUCCAUUUAUGCAGGUUUUUUAAUGAGCUCUGGUAGAAUUUUGUUCGAUUGUUACAAGCUGAGGGUCGUACAAAAUGGCUUCAGGUUCCAUCAGUACGUUUCUUUAUUUGUUCUGUUGCGUCCCUUGAACCCUGCUGUCCUACAAUGAAGCUGAAAAGCAACAAAUUUGUGCGUUAAUUGAAAAAAAAACAAAGUUUCAACUGCAGUGCUACAGCAACAAAGUGCCCUAACUCUUAGUUUGAUAUGUCCUUUAAGGACACGUUGACAACAUGCACUUCGCUUCGAUAAAGAUUUUCAAUGGACGAUUUCUCCCUUCCCCCCUAAAGAUCGUUAUUUAAUUUCUAUAUAUGUAUGAAAUAUACUCUGUGUGUGCCUCACCUGUAUGUAAAGCGGUUUAAAAAAAAGGAAAACUGAAAAAGCAUAGGAGAUGACCUGAGUUUUAGGAUGGGGGAAUUUGAAGGGGGAGGGAAGGGGGGCAUUUUCAAUAGUUUGUUGGAGUUCUAAUCACAUCAUUUAAGUUGCCUGUUCUUUCUUGUAGCCAAUGAAAACUGAUUACAAGAGUUGAAAAAAAAAACAAUUUACAAUGUUCUAGCUAUAGACCGGUGUAGCACAUGUGUGACUGUAUUAAUUUAUAAAACCAAAAUGGUAACUGUGAAUUAUGUAUUUCUUUGUGCAUUUUUUAAAAGUGGGCGGAAGCAUAAUGGCGUCGCUAUGCCCUGCUUUGUUUUUGUGGAAUAUAAUGGAAAUAAUCACGUUAAAAAAAGGAAAAUAUCUAAAUAUAUUUUUUUCUUAAGCAAUACAUUUCAGUGUGACUUGUGAUAGGACAUUUUCUUUUUUUAGGUAAUAAAUUGAAAGAAAAAAAUCUGAA